UGGAGGAAAAAGACCCGCAGAGAAGAAGAACAUCCUGAUGCCAGUGAUGGCAAACGAGCCGAUCAUCCUGAACGUUUAUGAUAUGUACUGGAUCAAUGAGUUCACCAGCACUCUGGGCAUCGGUGUCUUUCACUCAGGGAUUGAGAUCUAUGGGAGAGAGUUCGCCUAUGGCGGACACCCAUACCCAUUCUCAGGGGUCUUUGAGAUCACACCAGGGGAAGCAACUGAACUGGGCGAGACAUUCAAGUUCAAAGAAGCCAUAGUGUUGGGCAGCACAGACUUCACAGAGGAAGAUGUGGAGCGGAUAGUCGAGGAGAUGGGGAAGGAGUAUAAAGGCAACGCCUACCACCUCAUGCACAAGAACUGCAACCACUUCUCCUCAGCACUGUCAGAGAUCUUGUGCGGGAGGGAGAUCCCUCGCUGGGUAAACCGCUUGGCCUACUUCAGCUCCUGCGUGCCGUUCCUGCAGAGCUGCCUGCCCAAAGAGUGGCUGACCCCCGCCGCCUUACAGUCAAGCGUCAGCCAGGAGCUUCACGGAGCGGGAGAGCUAGAGGAGGCGGAGGACGCCGCUGCCACCGCCUCCCUGGCGUCCAUGUCGCCCUCGUCCUCCUCCAGCCCCACCUCCUUCCCCAGGCAUUCCAGACACCAGCCCCGUCGGUAGAAGCUGCAAGGUCUGCUGGGAAAACUUUGGGGCUGGAAUUGUGAUCACAAAAACUGUCAGGUAACAGAAUACCUGCAACAAUGAAGCAUCCUGCUACAGGAAAAGUCCUGACACAGUGAUCGUGAGCAGGGCACUGAACCUCAGCCUGCUCUUGGUAAGAAAGUCAGCGAGAUCUCUGCAGUGAUCCAGAAACAAGGACGAGUUUUUCCUCGUGCUGUUGACAAGAAACAGGAUCGUCACUCAGUAACCAAUGCUGGAUUCUCAGAGCACACUCAAAUCCAAACUAGUUCCCCUCAAGUCACUUCCAUUAUUUUACUGGGUUACUCACAGUGCUGAAAGGAAGCCAUUUUCUUUCUGAUUUAGGAAAAGCAGCCACAUGCAGAUUUAACUAGCAGUUAGUUGGUGGAUGGUGCUAAUCUUUCAGUUUGAGUCAUUUUAUGACAUUUUAUGACCCCAAACCAAAGGAGUCGCUUUAAAUUUGGCAUUUGAUCCAUUUGAGUCAUUAUAAAUGUUUCCAAACCUUAUUGACCACCCAACAAGCUGCUCUGAUUUGGAGAAGUUGCACCUUUGGGUGUUUACCAGAUGAUUAAAGGAUAAAAAAACUAUUUCUGUUACAAAAAAUAAUGAAUCUAAAUUCAGACGUUGCUGCUUUUUGUUUAUUAUCCUCGCAAAAUACAAGAUAGAUUUACAUCUUUAGGCUUUGAACUUGGUUAUAAAAACUCAGUUUGGGAAUCUCAAAUGUUUAGAUACUACUUCUAGCAACUUUAGCUACAAUGCUAAUGAAGCUAUACUGCACAUACCAAUGCAACUGACAGAAAAAAGACCCUGUUUUUCUGCUUUAACGUGAUUGCCUUAACGGGUCUUUUCCAUAUUAAACAUCCAUACACGGUUUAAGUACCACUAGCAAGGUGCUGGUAUCAUUUGAUAUGUGGCUGUUAAAUGUUUCCUCUGUAGAUGGGUAGCUGGUAAAAUAUUGUAGGCAGCAAGUGGAGUUUGGAAUCUAUAGACUUUGCCCAAGAAAGCUGUGUGUGCAUCAAGACCUCAGCUUUUUUUUUGUAUCUCUCACAGUAGACGGGACAUCCCAGAAAUACAAUCGCGGCCUCACUUUCGAAAAAUGCCAUGCAAAAAAAAAAAAAA